UCACGCUCUGGUUGUUACUCAGUAGCUCUCCGGCCUGUGACAGGGCGGCACCCGUCUAGGAAUGGAUUUUGAGAAUCUUUUCUCAAAACCCCCCAACCCGGCCCUCGGCAAAAAACCGGCCACGGACUCUAACGAAAGAAUCGAUGAUGAACUAGAUGAUACAGAAGUUGAAGAAACACAAGAAGAGAAAAUAAAAUGGGAAGUUAAACUGGAGUGUGAGCAAAUUCCCAAAAAAUUUAGGCACUUUGGAAACACUAAAACGUCACCGAAAAGUUUGCUACAUAGAAAAUCAAGAAGUAAGGACUAUGAUGUAUAUAGUGAUAAUGAUGUCUGCAACCAGGAAUCAGAAGACAGUUUUGCCAAAGCACUUCAACAGUACAUAAAAGCUAAAGAAAUGGCAAAUGCUGCUCAAUGUUUACCUGCUCAAUCUGUGAAGAAAGAGGAAGCAAAAGAUACCCAACAGGCUGCUAAACAAAAAAAUAAAAAACUUAAAGCUGGUCACAAGAAUGGUAAACAGAAGAAAAUGAAGCGAAAAUGGCCUGGCACUGGAAACAAAGAACCAAAUGCUUUGCUGAAGAACAACAGCUCACAGGAAGAGGAUGGUAAACCUAAAGAGAAGCAGCAACAUGUGAGAAUGAGUCAGGGAUUCAUCAACCACCAUACAGUGGAACGCAAGGGAAAACAAAUUUGCAAAUAUUUUCUCGAGAGAAAAUGUAUUAAGGGAGACCAGUGUAAAUUUGAUCAUGAUGCAGAGAUAGAGAAGAAAAAGGAAAUGUGCAAGUUUUAUGUACAGGGAUAUUGUACCAGAGGCGAAAACUGUUUAUAUUUGCAUAAUGAAUAUCCUUGCAAGUUUUACCACACAGGAACAAAAUGUUAUCAGGGAGAAUAUUGCAAGUUUUCACAUGCUCCACUAACUGCUGAAACACAAGAACUGUUGGCUAAAGUUUUGGAUACCGAAAAGAAGUCAUAUAACUGAAAUAGACAUACAAAGCAUUAUACAGAUGAAGAGUGCUUAUACUUACACCUAUUCAAGACUGUUCAAGACUGGUGAUUUGAAGUAGCUUAUAAGAUUCCUCAUUCAAAGCGCCCUCUUGUGUCAUUGGGAUGAGGUGCAGCUUCCUUAUGGAUGGGGCAGUGGGCAGGGAUGUAGUGCACAAUUGAAGGGCUUGGUCUUCACUGAAAUGUUCCACCAUUGGAAAAGGAGGGGGGCAUAUGUGGCAGAGAUGCUGGCUAGUGGGUAUAUGUUGUGGUAGUAAAGUGCAGAAAUAUCUUCUGAUUGAUCUUCUCCAUAAAAUAGGAAGCAAGGGUAGGCUGAGUGCGAAUGGGUGAAGAGGUAUAAGAGACUUGAGGAACGGACACUGGUGUAAAUAGAUGGACCAUAAAAUAGAAUUAGGUCUCUUCAUUUCAUUACAUAAUGCCACAUCAUAUUUUUAAUGGUUGUUCACAAUUUUAAGACUCAAAAUAAAUUACGGUUCUGUGAUUUUUUUUAAAACCCGUUUUCUAUUGGACAUUUAUUUCCAGUUUCUUACAUUAUAAAUAAAGUAGAAUGAAAUCUCUUGUUAUACCA